AUGUUUCCUCCAGCACAAAACCCUCCUCUGUGGGUCAGCAGGAGAACUCCUCUUUAUCUCACAAAACCCUUCAUGGCACUGCUCUUUCUCCCAGAUAGCAAGUACCCAUUAGGAGUGGGGUUCUGGGACCUCGGAGGGGGAGCUGGCCCACUCUCCAAGAGGUGGGACUUGGAGUAGGCCCCAGAGUUGUAGACAGGUGGCUGGCACGGAGGUUUUAGUGCCUGAUCUGCCUGCCAUGUGAAAAGGCUUUGAGACCCCUGUCUGGGAAAAGGAAGAGGAACAUUCUGCCUGGGGGACAGAAGUCCAGACCCUGGCCUCAGGAAGGGUGCAUUCAGUGCGGUGGGGAGUGUGGAAGCGUUUGGAAAGUGGAAGAGGAGGCUGUGGGAGGUGAGGGCAAUGCCUGGUGGGCAGGAUGCUGCCACGUGGGCUCUGGUGGGGCAGUGCUGGUCCCAGGCCAAGAGUGAGGCCUGGGGGUGUCUAGGGGUACAAUCAAAUUCAUGGCUAACAAUUAUUGAGCGUUUACACUGUGCCAGACAAGGAUCCAAGCGUUUUCAUAGGGAUUAAGCACUCCUAGAAAACGGAACCGUUGUUAAGAUCCCAUUUCACAGAUGAGGAAACUGAGUCCCAAAGAGGCCAAGAGCCAGCAGGUGAGUGGUAGAGAGCCAGGAUGCAAACAACCUCUAGGGGCCACUCCCCAAUCCCCCCUCAAAAUGGAAGGCUGGCUGGAAAAGCACCAACAAGCCCAACAAGUGCUCAUUACAUAUUGGCUGGGUAAAUGAAUUUAGCAAAUCUGUGUCUGUCCAGAGAUCACUCUCCCACUGGCCUCAGUGCCCAUGGUUCUAGGAAGUGCUACGAUUAUUCUGCUGGUCUCACACCCCCCAGCAGCAGCGCCAGCAUGCUUCUGUCCCCGUCCCGUCCCGUCCCCGGGUGAAGUUAAAGAUCACAACAGCCAAAUGUGUAAGGGGAACAUUCUGACCCUGUUUCACAGAGGAGAAAACUGAGGCGAAGAGCAACCUCGGAACCAGAACCCGGAUCUGAUUGCACCACUUCGGUCUGGCUGGACAGCCUGCUGCCUUUGAAAAAUGCAAGCCCCCCACCCCGGGAAGGGCAGCAUGUAAAAGGUCCUUGUCAUUUAUACCUACUGGGAAAGAGAGGAAGGUUCCAUGACUUGCCCAAGCUCAGAGGACGGAAUGCGGGCACCAGGACUCACUCCUCGGCAACGAACUAUUCCCAGGAAACUAACCAUGCUCCUGCAGGGACCCCCACUGCGACCAGGCAGAUGAAACCGGAGGCUUUCAAAUACAUCUCAGUAACAUAUGAUAGCAGAACUCCACGAUGGCACGAGGAGGAGGAGCAGCAAGAAGAAGGGGCUCCGAGGGUCCCGGAAGGACUCCGGCAGCUCUGGGGAACAGCCCCCGCCACAGGGCCCUGAGGCCCCGGAGAGCAGCAAGAACCCAUCUAGGACCAGAGAAGGGCAGGAGGGACCAGGCCCUGUGGCCCCUGCACUGGCCUCUCGUCGCCAGUCCCACCGGCACCGUCCUGCCUCCCAGCACGAUGCUGCUCAGAGGACGUACGGGCCCCUGCUGAACCGCAUCUUCGGGAAGGACCGAGAGCUGGGCCCCGAGGAGCUGGACGAGCUUCGGGCCGCCUUCGAGGAGUUUGACACGGACCACGACGGCCACAUCGGCUACCGGGAGCUGGGCGAGUGCAUGCGCACGCUGGGCUACAUGCCCACGGAGAUGGAGCUCAUCGAGGUCUCCCAGCACGUCAAGAUGCGAAUGGGUGGCCGCGUGGACUUCGAGGAGUUUGUGGAGAUGAUGGGCCCGAAGCUGAGGGAGGAGACCGCACACAUGCUGGGUGUGCGGGAGCUGCGCAUCGCCUUCCGAGAGUUUGACAGGGACAGGGAUGGACGAAUCACCGUGGCAGAACUGCGACAGGCAGCACCCGCUCUGCUGGGGGAGCCACUGGCGGGCUCUGAGCUGGACGAGAUGCUCCGAGAAGUGGAUCUCAAUGGGGACGGCACUGUAGAUUUUGACGAGUUUGUGAUGAUGCUUUGCACUCACUGAGGCCCCCUCCGGCCCCAGACUCCAACAAGCAUCAUGCCGCACACCCUCGGCCCCGAGGUCCCAGGAUGAAAGAGACCCAGCAGCCCCAGGCUUCUUCUGCUCCUGCAACAUCUGGCUGGAGAGUUGGCCCCGGACGUCACCUACCCGCCCUCGUCCUCACCUCCCUCCUGCUCAAGCUGCCUGGAGGAAACCAGCCCUUAAGCUCCCAUCAUUCCCUGUGUGAGCAAGAUUUGGGGUCUCUCCAACCCUUGGGAGGUAGGGUGCUCCCUGGCACUGCGGGCAUUCGAAGACGGGGCAGUGUAGUGGGGGAUUCUGGUAACACGCUGAAUUGAGAGGGUGGCUGGAUGCCUCUCACUACUUAUAUGUAGAAUUUUUUUUUUAAGCUGAACUUGAAAGAAAAGGAUGACCUCAGGGACCAAAGACAAAGAGAGAACAGAAAGCUGGGUGGUCGAGGGAGCAGAUGCCGCGGGGGCUGCAGAGAGGUUUGGGAGCCUGGGCUCUGACACCCAGGAGGGGACAAAAGACAUGACGUCACCCAGUAUAUUUUAGGGUCUCAACGGGCUACCCUGUUCUUGAAAAGGGGAACAGGAGUUCCCGUUGUGGCUGGGGGGUUAAGAACCUGAAUAGUAUCCAUGAGGACGUGGGUUUGAUCCUUA